AUGUCCGCCUAUGCCGCCAUACAAACGACUUCUACCUUACCUUUUCGCCAAUCGCAAUGGCGACCAAUUCUCCGACAUCAUGGCACCGCUGCCGCAGAAAAGUCUCGAGAUGAUGGAGAUGCUGGAGAUGCUGGAGAACUUGUGAUUACGGGGCCAGUCUCACCAGAAGCUGCGCGGGAGGAGCUCAUUGCUGGGUUACAAGAUCCUCCUGUCGAGAAGAAGAAAAAGGAGCGUGCUCUACAACAGCGAACUCAGCCUGAGACUGAGGCCGGAUAUGCUGGGUCUGAGAGUUCCAUCGAUCACGGUGCUUCUACUGGCGAUGUGGUGAAGGCGGUGAGCGAGGGCCCACGCUCAGUAAAGUCAAAGAAGCUUGGAGACCGUCGGGCAGCGCAGACAUUCAGCGAGUCGCAAACGUCGCAAACCUCUGCUGGUGAGAAGUCGACAGCGGGAAAGCUUCCAAACACCGUGAAGGCUUCUAGACGAAAGCUCGCAGGCGACAGUGCUGUCAGGACGCAGCCGAAGAAGAAUGAAGUCGAGGACGCUGGCCAGAUGGAGUGUUCUAUCGAGGACGUGAUUCCUGCUGGCGAGACAACGAAAUCAGUGGAACAAGCUGCAAUGCGCACAAAGAAGACGCUGUCAAAAAGUGCAAAGCCAGGGAGACUAAAGCAUGCACCCAAUGCUCUUGCGAACGCGCAGUUGAAGAUUGAGGACGCUCACGAGACCGGGACUCCUCUCAAGGACGCAACUUCUGCUGGUGAUAUGGUGGAACCUGGGCCUCAAGAUGCAAGGCGCUCGGGCAAUCAAGAGACACAGCAACAACGUCGUCCGGCGCUCCAGUCAGCCAAAAAGCAGGAGUCCUCGCAGAGCUUCGAUGGGCAGACUUUGCCGCCAGAGAUAUGGAACAUGCUGUCAAGAAGUGAACAGAAUACUAGAACGAGGCGUUUACAGCGCCAUCGCAGAGCGCAGAGGAAGCAGGCCGAGGAUGCGAAUAAAAUCGAGCCUCCCCUCGAUAACGAAGACUCUGCUGGUACUUUGAUCACAGCAGCUUCUGCGCGCCAAUUCCCGCAAAAACACCCAGCUUUAGAGACCAGUUCGAGCGAGCGAGGCUCACUGGACACGAAGAAACUCCACAGCGGUAAGCGCGGACCAUUCCACAACAACAUAUCGGCCAGUAGAAGGCCCCGCUUUCGUAUGGCAUCCGGCAAAAGUCUCCGAGAUGCCAUGAGGUCGCAACACUGGGAUGUAGAAUACCGUAAGCUGGACAUGCGCUAUGACGAGCAUUCAACAGACACCUAUCUCCAGGAUCCUGGCCCGCCGCGAGUUAUACCCGGAACUGAGGCCAUCGUUAUGUCGAUCCGCAGCCGACUACAGAAGGCUCGAGAAAUGCAGGAAAUGGAGGAGGAUUUGGAGUCACGUUCAGAUACGGGCGCAUACACCAGCCUCACUGCUUUCUUACUCCGCAGAUCGUUCUCUUGGCGCAACUUUCUCCAUCGUUGGAACAGCAUCGCUUUGUGGUUCAUGUAUCAUGAUCCUGAGUAUGCGAUUGAAUUCCUCGCAGCCAGCAGCGCGUCGAAGGUCUUUCCACUGCGUCAAAAUCUGGGCUUGUCAAUACAGCAUCUUGUGUUGCACUUUCGUCACUGCCAGGACGAAGAGACCAGAGAUCGCAAUAUGAAGAAGAUUGCGCAGACGCUGCCAACUUUCCUGAAUAACAAUGAGGUCUUGCGACUGCACUUCACUCAGGGCGGAACGAUCCGCCAUCUGAUUCCUUACUGGACUUCGGACCAGAUUGAUGCAUUAUGGCUCGCCAUUCAACAGGGUCGACUUGUGGUAUUGUGGCAUACUCUCUUGCAUCUCGCGCGAUAUUUCAUCGACAAGGACCAAUUCAGCACCGGUCUGGAUGUCAUCCUUGCCGCCAAAGCCCAGGACGCUAUUGUCGACUCCUACGCGUUCCGCAGCAGUUGUGCUCACCUGUUGCGUGUGGCCAGUACCCAACCCUCGGGCCUGCGAGUGACGCUUCGGCUGGUGGACAACUUCGUCGCCAUGGGACUGACGCUCAAUCUGCAGAUGUGCAACAUUGUCAUUUUGAACGCUAUCGAUGCCGGCGAUCUCAAUACCGCCUUUUCGCUGUAUCGCUCUCUUGUUCAGAACGGACUCGAAGCUGAUGACUUCACUUAUGGCAUCUUGCUGAAAGGCUGCCGAGGGAUCGACGAUGCUGAUGUGCUCAACGAGACGAUCAGGAGUGCCAUUGGGCACGUCAACGUGCAAAGGAACGAGCGCCUCGCAACGGAGAUCUUGCAUUGUCUGAAUCUCUUCCACACGAAGAAAGAUCCAGAAAAUGUCUUCAACAUCAUCGCCGAUGCAUACACUCAGCUCUUCGACGCUCAUCCCCUCCGUCUUCUCGGCGUGCUCAAGCAACCUCUACCAUCCGGAGUCGUACGCCGCAUGGCUCCGUCCAAGUACGUCCUUGGCGUAAUGCUCUCGGCGUACCUCAACCACGUCCACCGCCAGACCAAAACCCACCACGCCGCCCGCGAAGUCUACGACCGCUAUCGUGAACUCGUCCUCGCCGGCACCGAGCCCUUCGCCUCCAGCAUCUCAACCGACUACCUCCCCAAUCUAUUCCUCCACAGCUUCAUUCGCACGGAACAGGGCCUCCUUUCCGCCUCGCAAGUCAUCAAAGACAUGCAGCGUCCUACCAACAAGUCCAAUCGCGUGAAGCAAUGCCCGCCUUCCGUCCAAUCCUGGACCAUCUUCGCCAGUGGCUUCACGCGUCACGGCAAAAUGGAACUCGCCGAGCAAGUCCUGACCUACAUGCGCAAGAAACACCUCGAGCCGGAUGCUGUUACCUGGAACGUGUUGGUCAAAGGCUACGCUGCACGACAAGACGAAGUGGGAUUGCUGUCUUCGCUGAAUAGAUUGGAAGACGGUGGGCAUGAGUGGACGCAAGCUACUGUUGCUGGUAUGAGGUGGUAUAGGAAGCAGGAGCAUUUGGGCGAGGUAUUGAAGCGAAAAGAACAGAAAGCGCUGGAGCUCGACUUUGUGACGGAUCUGAAGUCUCAACUCACGAGGAGAUUCCAGGAGGAGGAUGACCAGGGUAAUGUGGAGUACAAGCCGCUUGGAGAAUGAAGGGUGUUGUAUGAUAGUGUAAGACAUUAGAUGUAAAUGCCAAACAGUGCAGCU